CUGGAUGUGGCUGGGAUGGUCGGCAAAGCGGAAAAGACUUGGAGCAAAAGGGUCACAAUGGAGUUCUGCACAUUAGCGCUACUGACACUUUUUUCCUCGUUUUACAACGUUCUGACGUUGGUUCCAAAAGGCGCUUGUCUUCUUAAAGUGGACGAGGGACCUUGCAGAGGAGAAAUUGAGCGCUACUACUACAACACCAUCACCCAAAAGUGCGAGAUUUUCUACUAUGGAGGGUGCCAAGGAAAUGCCAACAACUUCAAGAGUUAUCAGGAGUGCCAGAAAACAUGUUUCAGAAUCCCAAAGAUUCCCCAAAUCUGCAGGUUUACCAAAGACGAGGGACCCUGCCGUGCCCUCUUUCGCCGCUACUUCUUCAACAUGACCACCAUGCAGUGUGAGCCCUUUUAUUAUGGCGGCUGCCAGGGAAAUAGGAAUAACUUCCAAGACCUCACCACUUGCACAGAAUACUGCAGUCCGCGAAAAACUGUUCCUGUGCUCUGCCUGGAUCCUCUGGACAAAGGGAAGUGCUCAGCCUCCAUUCCUCGGUAUUACUACAACAGAGCCACCAGGAUGUGUGAGGAGUUCAUCUACUCGGGCUGCGGAGGGAGCAGCAACAACUUCAUCUCAAGGCAGAGCUGCAUGGACGUGUGUGUUAGAGGUGGGAAAAAAAGCACAAAUCAAGGAACAGUUCGUCGCUUGAGGCGGAAUAGAAAUAAUCUCAUCACUUUCUUGAAGGCAUAGAUGUGUGACACAUGUUCUCAGGGACUCUCACAUGGACCAGCUCCUAAAGGCAAACUAGCAUUUGAUAAACUGACUUUGUUUAUGCCAAAUGGUUAACCAGGUGGUCUUGGUCUUCUUGGAGACUUUUAGAGGCACAUAACACACAUUUUAACUGUAUUUGUAUGUAAUGCUUUAUGAGCAAAUUCAAAUGUGAUUUCACUGUAUGCUGUUGAUGAAGUUUGUUACUACCGCACUAGUGUUUCUGACUGUGUAUUUUGAUACUGUAUGUAUGUAAUGUAAGUUUUGUAUGAGUAAUACAUAAUAGUGAAUACUC